UGAGUUGGGUUGAUCGGUUUUUUCGAGCCAUCGAAUUUUUUUGAACACCCCUAAUCGAGAUGAGUAAGAAACCGAACCAUCGGUCCGGCCAGUUUUCUAAUCGAAUCGACGGUUCGGUUGGCCGGUUCAACCGAUCCUUUUUCCAUUCGGCAUUCCCACCUCUCUCUCUCCUCAGUCGUUUGUUGUUCGCCGCUGGUAUUGGUGCUGAUCGCCGUCCGUCCCUAGUCGUCGUUCGCCGUUGAUGGCUGUCCGCCGGAUCGCCGUCCGAUUAUCUUCUUGAUUCCGGGUCGUCGUUGCUAGUCUCCCUCAUUCCCCUCUCUGUCAGCCCGGUUCUCGGAUCCUCGGCAGCCGGGCUCCCAACGAGUACUCAUCGUUGCUGGAUUUUGCUUCUUCGCCGGUGCACUAUGUUGGAAGAACCUGGACUUUGGGGAUAUGGGGACCAAAAGAGUGUGGCCAUUGUUGUUGGGUCUGGGUUUUAUUCCGUAUUGACCCGAUCCGACCUUCUUUGGGGAUAGGACCUGUUCGGGUCCUGCCUGUCGCAACCGACCCGACCCAAUUUCACCGUGUGUCGACAGUAGCUUCUCAGAGGACUUUCAUCAAACACAUCGCAGAAUGUUAAAAUCUCAAAGCUUUCCAUAUACGUGGCGGUAAGUUCAUAGCUCCUCUCUAACACGCGUCAUUUCCCACAAUUCCCUUCCUUUGAUUUUCACUUUAAGCAAACCCAUUACCAUAAUCGCACAAGAAGAACAAUCCACAAAAUGCACCGUUCAACACUCACUUCCCAUUUCUGCAAAUUACUCGCCAAUGGAUACAAAAGCCGUCGUGGGUUUUGUUCAUCCAACACCCAUUCCCACUUCAACAACGCAGGUGGGCCAAUGGCCGCCCAUUUGAAAUCUCGCUCUGUUAUUCGAUUUCGGGGUCCCGACACCGUCAAGUUCCUUCACGGCCUGUUGACCAACGAUGUGCGGCGGUUUGGGGAACCCCCAAGUGAUAAAACGUCAUCGUUGCCCACCCCCAAUUUGGCGCCGGUGUCGGUUCUGCCUAUGUAUGCGGCUAUGUUGACGCCACAAGGGAGGUUUUUAUAUGAUUUCUUUUUGUAUAGGCCGCCUAGGCCUGAGGAGAAGCUUGAUCGGACUGGCUCUGGGCCUGGUCCGGCCUCGGAUGAGCCGGUGGAAUUGAUGGCCGAUGUGGAUUCUUCUGUGUUGGAUGAGCUUUUGGUGACGCUAAAGAAAUACCGCUUAAGGUCCAAGGUUGAUAUUGAGAAUGUGGCAGAGGAGUUUUCUUGCUGGCAACGCUUUGGUGAAAAGCUUUCUAGAAAAGCUUCCUCUGCAGAGGAACCAGAGGCUGCCAGUGUUGGGUGGGGUGCUAAUGUUGAUCCAGCAGCAAUGUCAGCUUCGCGUGGGGAAGACAUUGGUUGGCAAUGGUUUCAAGAUCCAAGAUUGGAAUGCCUUGGUUUCAGAGGGAUUUUUCCAUCUAACCAAACACCUCCCCUUAUUGAGGCAGAUAAAGAAACAGAUGAAGAUAAUUAUGUACUGUGGAGAUUGGAGAAGGGAGUUACCGAAGGUUCAACUGAGAUUCAAAAAGGUGAGGCAAUCCCUCUUGAAUACAACUUGGUGGGUCUAAAUGCAAUAAGUUUCGACAAAGGCUGCUAUGUAGGGCAAGAGCUUGUCGCUCGCACACACCACCGGGGAGUUAUCCGUAAACGUGUGGUUCCUUUGAAGUUUCUAAACGACAGAGGGGAAGAUGUAGAGCAGAAAGUAUCAUCCGGAUCGGAAGUGAUCAACUCUGCAUCCAACAAGAAAGCAGGUAAUGUGAUUGCUGCACUUGGGUAUCGUGGACUUGGUCUCUUGCGCUUGGAGGAAGCUUUCAGAGGAUCACAAAGUUUGGCCAUACAAGGUCUUGAAGGCGUGAGGGUUGAAACCGUCAGACCGGAUUGGUGGCCGGCCAAAUGGUUUCAAGAGCAUCAAUAACACAAUACUGCUGGUGCAUAGAGUUAGGGAACUGCUAAGUUUGAUCGAUUCUGCAUAUCUUUCAGGCAUGGUUUUGUUUAUUGUCAGCUAGCUCACUAAUAAUUCAGAUGUAUGAACCUUCAAAACUUUCAAUUAUAACUUUAGAGGUUGAAUAAUAUUUGUAUUUAAACCCAAUUCUUAUUUCUUGAAAUUUAGAUGAGAUUUAAGUUUUGUUCAGCAGGCUUAUGUAUGGGACAAAAAUCCCACAUGAACAUCUUUCUUGUUCAAAUUAAGUCCUAUCACUUUUGGUCUA